GGGAAGGAAGAGGAGGCGGGAUCCGGGCGCUGCGUUGGCUGCGGCCUGGCACCAAAGGGGCGGACCCGGCGGAGAGCAGACCCAGUGGCCCCGGCGAUUAUGGACCCGGCCGAGGCCGUGUUGCAGGAGAAAGCGCUCAAGUUUAUGUGCUCUAUGCCCAGGUCUCUGUGGCUGGGCUGCUCCAGCCUGGCGGACAGCAUGCCUUCGCUGCGGUGCCUGUAUAACCCAGGGACUGGCGCACUCACAGCUUUCCAGAAUUCCUCAGAGAGAGAAGACUGUAAUAAUGGCGAACCCCCUAGGAAGAUAAUACCAGAGAAGAAUUCACUUAGACAGACUUACAACAGCUGUGCCAGACUCUGCUUAAACCAAGAAACAGUAUGUCUAGCAAGCACUGCUAUGAAGCCUGAGAAUUGUGUGGCCAAAACGAAACUUGCCAAUGGCACUUCCAGCAUGAUCGUGCCCAAGCAACGGAAACUCUCCGCAAGCUAUGAGAAGGAAAAGGAGCUGUGUGUCAAAUAUUUUGAGCAGUGGUCAGAGUCGGAUCAGGUGGAAUUUGUGGAACACCUUAUAUCUCAAAUGUGUCAUUACCAACAUGGGCACAUAAACUCAUAUCUUAAACCUAUGUUGCAGAGGGAUUUCAUAACCGCUCUGCCAGCUCGGGGUUUGGAUCAUAUUGCUGAGAACAUUUUGUCAUACCUGGAUGCCAAAUCACUAUGUGCUGCUGAGCUCGUGUGCAAGGAAUGGUACCGAGUGACGUCUGAUGGCAUGUUAUGGAAGAAGCUCAUCGAGAGGAUGGUCAGGACAGAUUCUCUGUGGAGAGGCCUGGCAGAGCGCAGAGGGUGGGGACAGUAUUUAUUCAAAAACAAACCUCCUGAUGGGAAUGGUCCUCCCAACUCUUUUUAUAGAGCACUUUAUCCUAAAAUUAUACAAGAUAUUGAGACAAUAGAAUCUAAUUGGAGAUGCGGAAGACACAGUUUACAGAGGAUCCACUGCCGAAGUGAAACGAGCAAAGGAGUUUACUGUUUACAGUACGAUGACCAGAAAAUCGUAAGCGGCCUUCGGGACAACACGAUCAAGAUCUGGGAUAAAAGCACACUGGAAUGCAGGCGGAUUCUCACAGGCCACACGGGUUCUGUCCUGUGUCUGCAGUAUGACGAGAGGGUGAUCAUAACUGGAUCAUCGGAUUCCACGGUCAGAGUGUGGGAUGUAAAUACAGGUGAGAUGCUGAACACGCUGAUUCACCACUGUGAAGCAGUCCUGCACUUGCGUUUCAAUAACGGCAUGAUGGUGACCUGCUCCAAAGAUCGAUCCAUUGCGGUGUGGGACAUGGCCUCCCCAACUGACAUCACCCUCCGGAGGGUGCUGGUCGGACACCGAGCUGCUGUCAACGUUGUAGACUUUGAUGACAAGUAUAUCGUUUCUGCAUCUGGGGACAGAACUAUAAAGGUGUGGAACACAAGUACUUGUGAAUUCGUAAGGACCUUAAAUGGACACAAACGAGGCAUUGCCUGUUUACAGUACCGAGACAGGCUGGUCGUGAGUGGCUCUUCUGACAACACCAUCAGGUUAUGGGACAUCGAGUGUGGUGCGUGUUUACGAGUGUUAGAGGGCCAUGAGGAGUUGGUGCGUUGUAUUCGAUUUGAUGACAAGAGAAUAGUCAGCGGGGCCUAUGAUGGGAAAAUUAAAGUGUGGGAUCUUGUGGCUGCUUUGGACCCCCGAGCUCCUGCAGGGACUCUGUGUCUCCGGACCCUUGUGGAACAUUCUGGAAGAGUUUUCCGACUCCAGUUCGAUGAAUUCCAGAUUGUCAGUAGUUCCCAUGAUGACACAAUCCUCAUCUGGGACUUCCUAAACGACCCAGCUGCCCAAGCGGAACCCCCACGCUCCCCUUCUCGGACAUACACCUACGUCUCCAGAUAAAUCCCCGUGCGCUGACCUCAUACUUGCCCAGGACCCACUGACGCUGCGGUAUUUACCAGAUCUGCCAGUACCAGGACGAGCAACCAGAGUGACAGACCACACCGGCCUCCCGGACUAGCCGAGGAGCGGAGACUCCCGUUGGGACACAGUCGGUCUGCGGUCGCCCCCGGACGCCUGCUCGCCGCGGCCGACUGCUCAGUGCUGCUAUCAGAAGAUGUCUUUAUCUUUCGUGAAUGAUCGGAACUUUUAAGCCUCACCUCACUCCCCUUCCUCCUUCCCCCUCUGCACCAUUUUUUCCCCAUUUGGUUUCAGACAAAGAUGACUUAUAAAUAUAUUUAGUGUUUUGCCAGAAUCUUUGCUUUCCCAUCAGACAGAACUAGUUUCCCUGUGUACCCUAUUGGGAGAAGACCCACUUCUAGGGCACGGGGACUGUAGCUUCUAGACAGACGCACCCAGGUCUCCCUGUGAACUGUGGGACGCCGGGACCUGGCCAGGCAGCCCUGUCCUGCCACGCUUAGGGGGGACGGAGCCCUCUAACCAGCAAGAAAAAGAAAACGAGAAUGUACACCCUGGAAGAUCCGGGCCCCCGCCUCCCCCUUCUGUUCCUCUCUCUCGUCCCUGCCCGUGACCCCAGCCCCCCACUGCCUGUCUCCCUGCUCCCCGGAGAAGAAGGUGCAGGCAGCCCACGUCCGCAGUCAGCACGAAGCAGGGCAGCCGGGACUGCACCUCCCGUGAGAGCUGAAAUCCCAAACCCAGGCUUGAGCUGCACGUGACCCUGUGGCGACAUGGACCCUUGGACAUGAUACCCUCGUCAUAUCUGCAUCUCUUCUGUCUUCUCCUUCCCCCCUCCGAGGGGGGAGGCAGAAGUUUCCUGGGCUCCAUCAAUGGCUGCAUCUUUCCUGGACUCAGCAGUCUCCGUGCUUCCAUGUAGAGUGUGGAAGGAGCUGCUGAUUGCAUUUCCUCUCAUUAACAAUUAGAUGUGUAAUAAAAGCAUUGUACUUCAUCUUAAA